UCGGGAGAGCUGUGGGUGGUAUAAUAUUGGAUGAAAGUGAUAGUGGGGAGGUUGGAAAAGCAGAACGUCAACGGCUGCGAACGUGUCAGUUGACUCGCCACGAUGCUCAACUAAAGAUCGACCACAAAAGAGAGCUGGGCCUUUUGAAUUUUUCAAGCCAAAAGUUUUUGUUUACAUAGAGGAAUUCGACUUUGAAAUUCACGUUGACCGUAAGUGCGUCAUGAACGUUAAUUUGGCCAACGGAAGAGCCGUCGUCGUGUUCCAGUUGGCAAAUAUCUGUUGCGCAGCGGCGGUUGAAUCGCUGGAACUAUUUUGAAUCGAACCUUUCGGUCGUUUAUAACUCGAAUUCAUCUUUAAUCUAAAGAGUGAAGAAAAAAUACAUUAGCAUGGCAUUGCUCCUCUCUGUGCAUCAAUUGAUUCUGUUCUUCUUCUUCUCCAUUCCCAUCGCCGUGUCGGAUGCGUCUACAGCAUUGGCAGCCCAGCACACAGCACUGCCACGAGUUUCGUUCGCUGAACCAGUUUCGAACGUCACGGUGGCUGUUGGACGGGACGCUGCGCUCAGUUGCGUCGUUGAUAAUUUGGGAAGCCAUCGGGUGGCAUGGGUGCAUCUUGACCGACAAAUGAUCCUGACGAUCCAUCGCCAAGUUGUGGCUCGUAUUGGUCGCUUUAGCGUUUCGUACGAUCAUCAGCGCACCUGGCAUUUACACAUCCGCGGCGUCCAGCCAGAAGACGCCGGCCGUUACAUGUGCCAGGUUAAUUCGGAGCCUAUGAUCAGCCAAGUGGGCCACGUUCACGUUGUCGUUCCGCCAUCGGUGAUUGAUGAGGAUAGUUCACCGUCGCAACUGUCAGUCAGAGAGAACGUCCGCAUUUCGCUGCUCUGUCGUGGCCGUGGCGUGCCUUCACCAAGAGUCAAUUGGAAACGAGAAGAUGGUCGGGCUCUCAUCGAAGGCAAAACGGUUAAUCAUCAAACUGAAACCGGGUCGACUAAACGUGGAGAUUUAGCUGGCCGCUUGAUCAUCGCACAGGAAGGCGAAGAGUUGAUCUUCCCCAAAAUUAGCCGGACCGAUUCUGGAGCCUAUUUGUGCAUCGCCAGCAACGGCGUGCCACCAAGCGUCAGCAAACGCAUAAUCCUCGAUGUUGAAUUUGAACCGAUGAUGUUCGUACCCCAUCAACUACUCGGCUCACCUCUCGGUGGCUCGCUCAUACUCGAGUGUCUAACAGAGGCUCACCCGCGACCCAUCACCUUUUGGACUCGCACGGAUGCCAAUAACGUCAACGGUAUCAUGCUGCUGCCAUCCAAACGGCUCAGGAUCGACACUUUACACGUCGGCUACCAGACCCAGAUGAAACUGCACAUUCACCAGGUAGAGCCGCAAGAUAUCGGUCAUUACAAAUGCGUCUCUAAGAACUCGCUGGGCGAAGCUGAGGGAUCCAUUCGAGUUUACGAAAUGCUGUCAACUCCACCGCCAUCCAAACAAAUUGAUGGACGACUGAUAUCAGUGACGACGUCGACCCUCUCCCCAGCUGGAGCGAUCCCAUCGGCGGUGAACGACGUGGAUCGACGAUCUGGAAGCAAUGGUAGCUCAGAUGAAUUCAUCGAGAGUAACGGGAAAGGAAAAACGACGCAUGAAAGUGUUCUAGGUGACCAAACGAUUACAUACGAGAAGAAUGCCGCUAAAAAGCAUAACGGUGUCGUCAAUUCCCGAUCAAACGGUUCUCCAAGUACCUCAACUCAGUGGUUGAUGCCGUCGCUGCUUAUCUGUAUCUUGUGUUCUUCAUUUUCCAUUAUGUUUAGAUGAAAACAAUUCCCCAGCAUUUCCCUUAAUGCAAUUUGGUUGUUUCGCAAACCUACUGAAACAAAAAUCACCCUGCUUUUAAUCUCAAAUAAUUAUUCGAUCGUUCUGUAUAAAUACAUUUGGCUUCAAUACAAAAAAAUAAAAUAUUAUUAACCCC